CAGAUAAGACAAUUCUCGUAAACAACACUCCAAUUAGCGGUCACACUGGAAUUUAAUAUUAUAAUCAUCAAAAGGAAACCACUCUUGGGCACCGUUUCCAAAGAAUAAAUGGAAGGUUAUAGAUAGCGUGUCAAGUAAUGAACACCGUGUCCCUUGCAUGUCAUCCCGUCUACCUCUUGGUAGCAUUAUCUGUGGUCAUCUCUGGUGUCGCCAGUAAUGCCUCCGAGACUGAUCUACGCGACAAGCUUUUCGGAUCGAAGAAACGAAUAGUUCGUCCAGUGCUUCACCCCCAAGAUGCUGUUAACGUCUCAUUUAGUGUACGCCUUAACAAACUUGUUGAAGUGAACACAAAGCAUCAGCUCCUGAUAACAGAUGUCUGGGUGGUCCAGAAAUGGGAAAACCCGUUCCUCGUAUGGAAUGAGAGUGACUAUGGGGGUGUUCACACGUUACAUGUAACUUUUAAUGACGUCUGGGUCCCCGAUAUCGUGCUGUACAACAACGGCGACCCGGACUUGUCUCUUUCCGGGUUCACAGAGAAGUUCAAGACGUUCAUUAUCCUUCAUAGCAGUGGUACGUGCACGUGGAUGUCACCGACGACAUUUAAGAGCUCGUGCAAGCUGGACAUCACCAAGUUCCCAUUUGACUCUCAGACGUGCUCCAUGACGUUUGGCUCCUGGACGUACGAUAACAGAUUGCUAUCAAUGGAUCUACUUGAUAAGCAAUACUCCCAUACAGAGCGAUACGUGGAGAACGGUGACUGGUCUUUGCGCAAAGUUGAAACCCGGCGCUAUCUGUUGAACUACACGUGCUGCCCACAUCCCUUUUCUGACGUUACCUUCACUUUCUACCUGGACCGGAAGCCAACCUACCACAUCCUGUACCUGAUCGUACCAUGUGUAGUCAUCGCUGCUCUCUCCGUCGUCAACUUCCUGCUUCCACCCGACUGUGGCGAGCGGAUCGGACUUUGCAUUACCAUCCUUUUAGCAAUGAGUGUUUACCUUUUGCUUGUCUCAAAUAUUCUUCCCGAGACCUCGGAUUACACGCCUCUACUGGGCAUCUACUACAUGGUCACAAUGGUGUUGGUAGCGCUCUGCUUGGCGGCCACUGGGAUUACACUAAAGUGCCAUCACGGGAGAGGAGCGCCUUCACGUUUACUGCUCUGGUUUACCGGGAUCAAGAGCCAAAAGCCUUCGGCUCCGAUGUGCGUUUCGGAUGUCAGGUCGAUCUCAGAGCCCGAUCUUAACCGACGAGGGUCAGGGGGGCCUGCGCCCACGGCGUGGGAGUCACGCGGGUAUGAUGCAGCUGACUGGAGAGAGAACUGGCUUCAAAUCGCUGAAAGGAUGGAUAAGGUCUUUCUCUUGUUUUUUUCUUGCGCUUUUUUGGCGACAAUACUCGGGACUCUGGUUCUGCACUAGCAGUAAAUAGAUUCGGCAAAUUGCAUUGUCUUAAAUCAUGAGAACCAAUGAUUGGAUACCAUAUGGAAUUUUACUUCUCGUUUUACUCAUGUUCAAGAAUUUACGUUACCUAACAUUUCGCCACCAUUUGAAUUUUAAUAGAAUUGACAUUGGGAUAGCAAUAAGAGAGGUAUUAUGAGAACCUACGAGUAAAUGAUUUGGCUUUGGAUUGCCUGUGACCAUAAAACAAGAGGCACACUCUAUUGUGCUUUAAACAAAGCUUGCGUGGUUCGAACGGCACUAAAUAAUGAAAAUUUACAGAGAUCUAAGAAGCAUUUUGUAAAUUACUUUAUGUUCAAUCAUGGCUGCUUUCGUUGUCUUUACGGGUUGAAUCCUGGGACGAAAUUAAAAUGAACCAUUAUAUUAUUAUAUAUAUUUGUAUAAUGUAUGGAACCAUUAAAUCCGUAUUUUUUUUUUU